CAACGAUUUUAUCACCUUUUUCUUUACCUUUUCAGUGGUUGACAAGCUUUCGGUUAUAUAUCACAAAUAUAGCACUUGACAUUUUUAAGCUUGAUGAAGUACCACAUACAUUGUAUCUUUUGUUUAGUAAAGGCGACUUAUCGAAUAUAAAUGAGGCAAUUGAUCAUGCCUCGCGCGGAAAGAACAUCAUAAAACACUCAACUAUAUUGGCAUUAUACAGCAACGCUUAUUGUGCUCCGGUGGUUUACAGAAUUGCAUUACAUUGCAUAAACGGUUAUUUGAAAGGGAAAGGUAUCUUAAAAACAUAAUGACAAAUAUAGAUAACAAAAAGACAAAGGAGAUAAAAUGUGGAUGAUAUUAUACGAAAAGAGGAUUUAAACAUUAUCAAAACAGUUUAUUGAAAUGAGAAUUUUAAACCAGGGUAUUUAAAAAUAAAGUAAUAUAAUGAUAAUAAAGAAGAUAUGGCAUGCUUAAAUCUUCGCUAUUAAAAAGGAGAAAUAAUUGAAAUAAACACUGUUUAGAUACAGUAGCAAAGAAUACUGUGAUUGUUGCGAGACGUCUUCAAAACUGCAGUACUUUUUGGAUCUGUAUAAUUAAAUGAUAUUCAGAUAUAUGGGCACUUUUUAAAGAUAAACCAGUUAUCUGGAGCAUACGUUUAAACUAAUGGUGAGUUAUUUUUAAAAUUGAAUUGAAGUUAUGGACAAUAUGGCGACAACUUUUAUUAAAGAAAACUUGAGCGGCUACAAUCUCCCGCCUGACACUCUAGUAGAAAUACACACUAUAUUAAUGCGCCGAUUUACCGCCAAAUUUUCAGAAGGGCUCUCACCUGAAGGACGUAUGGCAAUGGAACAAACAGCCAUGCAAGAAACGGAUAAUACAACAAAUUCAGGACAAGAGGAUAUUGAUAAUGUAGAAACAAGUACGUAUAUAAGGCGCAGAUUGCAGAAGAGGAGAUCUAAAACUAUUUCAUUUACUGGCACUUUUAACGAGUCUUCAGCCAGUAAAAGUAACAAAGAUGCAGGAAAUAAAAGUGAUUUGAAAAGGAGACGCAGUAGUAGUGUAAACAAUGAUAAAGAAUUGGAACUUACUGGCUACAGUGACACGUCUGAGAAAUAUAAUGAUGAACAAGUGGUAGAGUCAAACAAAUUACAAUCAGUAGAAAAAUGUUUGGUUUGGAUAGAAACGCAAAAUAAAGAUCCGAAGUAAACAUUCCAGUUAUAAGAAUAGUCUAAUUCUCCAUCUGAUAAAAAUGGAUUGAUAUUAUGCAUUUGUUGUGGGAAAAUAUGACAUGCAAGCUGUUCCAUAACUUAUAAAUUAGUUGCUAUAAAGAACAAAUGUUGGAAAGUUAUUGACAUAUUGUGACCAUAAAACUUUAAGUUCAAUGAGUACAUUACCCUUUUUAUUUUCAAGCGAUGAUUGAAAUAAUCAAUUUUGUUUGACAAAGUUAAUGAUGUAAUUUUCCCACAUGAAUAAUGCAUUAAGACGAUGUUGUUGUAGACAAAUAUUGACAUGCAAAUACUGAUCUUACAAUGACUUUAUAUCUCUAUUGAGGAGACUAUUUUAUCAGAUGCAUACUUAAUAUGCCUACAAAACGAUUUUUGUACUUUAAAAAAACGUUUAUAAAUAAUAAUGAGAGAAUAUUAUUUGAUAGCUUUCGCUAUUGUCAAUUCCACAUUGUCUGCAAUAGAAAACCCCUGAAACUUUAAAUCAAAUUUAAGUGUUUUAUGACAUUCAUGAUAUUAAUCAUAUGAAUCGAGAUUUGUAUGCUGUCGGAGGAGAUAAGAUACACUUUAUAUUUAUAUACACUCAAAUCUUUUGGAGUAUAUUGACUUAUAAAGAGACAAGGGUAUAGCGAUGUAAUAGUGUUUUCAAAAUGAUUCUUCUCGACAAUAUAAUAUAAGGUUAUGUAAACAGAAGUUUCUAUUUAGGUAUAUCGACAUAACCUUAUACUGUAUUUGUUAAUGGGUUAUAUGUAGUAUAAAUCCUGAUUAUAAAACGGAUGUAACUUUUUCUAAUGUACACAAUUAUCAACAUUAAGUAGUUAAAGUAGUGUUUAUAAUUAUAAGAAUGUUUCUUUUCGUAAAUGUAAUAUUUAUCUAUUCAUCUUCAUUUUAGCUUCUGUAUAUUAAAUACCAAAUUAUAGAGCGUGUUGUGUUAAUACUAUAUUUACGUGUUUUUGUCAAUUUAGUUUUAAAAACGACUUUCAUAAAUUCGUGUGCAUGAUAAAUCAAAAUAUGUCUGUUUAUAAAGUUUUUCGAUCAUUUAAAUCCCGGUUGAAAAAAUGCACUUUUAACGGGCACUAUAAGGAAAUGAAAAAUUUACAACAUAGGUCGGGUAUAUACCAUAAAAGAUUACACAAACUUUACCGUACGGAAAUCUGGUUUGGGCACUUUUCUGAACUUAAUCUUGGAUGUUAGAAGGACACUUUUUCAGAAAUGAGAAACCUUUAAGUAAUCUACAAUAUCA